AUUUACCACAGGAUCAGGAUAUAGGACUGGAUGGACACAUAGUCGGAUUUUAUUAAAGAUUGAAAUAUGGAUGUGACCUACUCUGUUGAAAACACUUCCGGGGUGGAUAACGUCACGUGGGUGGACCAUAGCUGGUAUAAGCGUGACUACGGCGGGGUCCCACCAAUAUACGCCAUUACACUCUUCCAUCUGUACCCUAUAGUGAUGCUAGGACGUGUGGUCCACAUCUUGUGGUACACAAUUGGAGUAAUAGGAAACAUAAUCUCAAUGAGGAUUUGGACUCAAUCCCACAUGAAGAAACUCAAUUCAUCUGCAUUGUAUCUCGUCAGCAUAACGUUUUGUGACAUAGGAUACCACGUUUUGCACGUAUUUUUCUAUCUCAAGUAUUACUGGGGAUUAGAAUCGGUUGGUGUAACGGGCAUAUGCCAGUUAUGGAACAUAUUAAAUCUCAUUCCUCAGUACGCAAGCCAGUUGCUUGUUCUUGGAUUUACGACAGAACGACUCAUUUCCAUUGUGAGACCAUUUCAGGGAGAGCGGUUCAGUAAACAUAAGAGAGCACCAAAAGUGAUCAUCAUCAUUGCCACACUCGUUGUUACCUUGACCCUACCACAAGGACUCUUUUGGGAAGUUGAUGGGGAUGGAUUUUGUGAAAUAAGCUUGCAAUAUAUAGAUUUCUAUGAAAUAUGGUCAUACAUGACCGAAAGCUUUAUCUUCGUUAUUGUUCCAGUAACAUCCCUUAUUAUGAAUAUAAUUGUGCUUGCACAGACCAGCCGUACAUUAAAGCAGCGUUCUCAAUUAAGUUCAAAUGACAGGCAUUCGCAGAUUCACAAGAACGGAAAAGCCAGAAAACCAGCCAUAAAAACUCUUCUGAGUAUUUCUUUCUUCAGGAUUUUAACUCAGCUACCAAUUUCAAUUAUGUACACAAUCCACAAUUUUGAUGUAUUCAGCUUUGGGGCCUUAAUGCCACUGGCGGAGAUGACCCAUGAUCCCCAGAAAAUAGCUUUCAUUCGCUAUUGGGGAUGUCGGAUGAUCAUAGAAAUCUUCGGAGCUUCACACCACGCACUCAGUGUGUUCAUAUUCUAUGCCUCGACCAAACAGUUCAGAUGUGAAGUUAAACAACUUAUGCACAUAUGUAAAGUGCGAGUCAUCAGACGAAACUACAGUUUUUCCCCGGACUCUCCUUCAGACACCAGAUUAACAACGUUUUUUAAAACGAAUUCUUAA